UCCUGCCUCGCCUCUCUGCGAGAAACGGAGGCUGGAAGCGCCGGAGGAGCCCCUCUUCGUGCGCAGCGAUGUUGGCCAGCGGGGUUGCGCGGGGGGAGCCUGGAGACAAAGGAUACAUCUGGGGAGUCAAGGCUGAGGGAGAACCAUCUGAAGUAUCACUGGAAAAAGCUGAGGAGCAGAUGCAGGAGCAGAAACUGAGGAGUCAAGAUGGAGCAAAGAGACAAAAGGAGAGACAGACUCACACAGGAGACAAACAUAAAUGCCUGGAGUGUGGAAAGAGCUUCAGUCGGAGUGGCCAUCUUACUUCGCAUCAAAGUACUCACACAGGGGACAAACCUUAUAAAUGCUUUGAGUGUGGGAAAAGCUUCAGGUGGAGUAGCGCCCUUACGCUGCAUCAAAGAACUCACAGAGGGGACAAACCUUAUGAAUGCUUUGAGUGUGGAAAGAGCUUCAGGUGUAGUAGCAAACUUACUUUGCAUCACAGAACUCAUACAGGGGAAAAACCUUAUAAAUGCUUGGAGUGUGGAAAGAGCUUCAGUCGGAGUUGCAGACUUACUUUGCAUCACAGAACUCAUACAGGGGAAAAACCUUAUAAAUGCUUGGAGUGUGGAAAGAGCUUCAGUCGGAGUUGCAACCUUACUUUGCAUCAAAGAACUCACACAGGGGAGAAACCUUAUAAAUGCUUGGAGUGUGGAAAGUGCUUUAGUCAGAGUAGCACCCUUACUUCGCAUCAAAGAACUCACAAAGGAGACAAACCUUAUGAAUGCUUGGAGUGUGGAAAGAGCUUCAGUCGGAGUUGCAACCUUACUUUGCAUCAAAGAACUCACACAGGGGACAAACCUUAUAAAUGCUUGGAGUGUAGAAAGAGCUUCAGUAAGAGUAGCCACCUUACUUCACAUCACAGAACUCACACAGGGGACAAACCUUAUAAAUGCUUCGAGUGUGGAAAGAGCUUCAGUCAGGGUAGCACCCUUACUUCGCAUCAAAGAACUCACACAGGGGACAAACCUUAUAAAUGCUUCGAGUGUGGAAAGAGCUUCAGUCAGGGUAGCACCCUUACUUCGCAUCAAAGAAUUCACAAAGAACAAACCUUAUAAAUGCUUGGAGUGUGGA